AUGAAAAAUGAUAAAGAUCAAAAACAAAUCUCCUCAAGAAAAUUAUCAAAUGAUGUUGAUUAGGACAAAGAUAUAAAUGAUUUAGAUGUUUCCAAUGAUGAUAUCAAUAUGGUUAAUGAAUUGGAAAACUUGGAUUAGGAUUUUCUUAAAGAGAUUAUAAAAGUCCAGUAACUUAAACAUAGAUCUCUAUGUAAAAUUUUAGAUUAUUAAAUAAAGCAAUCUGCAAAUGAGCAAAACUUGUUUGUUUUUUCUGAGGGAUACAAUGGCUCCCUAUAUGAUUUAUACCGAACUAACAAAAAUGAGAAUAUGGAAUUCACUCAAGAAUAAUUAAUUGACAUUGCAUUCUAAAUUCUCAUGGGAAUUAAUUAUUUGAACCAAAAAGGAUAUAACUUCAAAGGAAUGAUGAGAAUGGAAAAUAUCAAUUUUGACGAAAUGUUUGAAGUAAAGCAAGAGGAUAUGCUAUAUUUGCCGAAAGAAACUAUAAUGAAUGGAUAACUCCAAGACAAUGUAAUUCUUUGA